AUGUUACGUUCUGGAAAUGUUGCUGAACCAGAUGAAUGCCAUUCCUCGUACAAAUUAACUGGAAGCAUGGAAUUUUAUGACUCCUACGAAUCUCUGACAGAGACGCGUAGUGAGCACCACGAUGAAGAGAAAGAAAUGGUUGCAAGCCAACUAGGACCAAAAGUUCUCGACGUUAUACGACCUGAGCUGUUGAGAGAGAAAGCACAGUACAACAAUAAUCCGAAGAACGUAAUAAAUGUUGGAUACAACAUUUAA